AUGAAUGUAGAAAAGUUUGUACGCUUUAAUAGCAAUACAGUACAUGCUGAUAAGUUUUAUAAAACGAUUGGCUAUGGUCUGGAUGCAGUAGGACAUUUAUUUGCGCAUUUGACGCAACAAGAGACCAACACAUCUCAAGGUUUACAAGCUAUUGCCUCUAAUAUUUCAAUGGCACGCUAUGUCAUUCGAUUUACUGGUGGAUUUGAAUCCUAUGUGGCAUGGAAAAAUCAAUCUUGGUGUUACGAAGAUGAUGAUGAAUACGUACGACGUCUUGUGAGUUUCCAGGCGCUGUCGAUGAUCAUGUAUUAUCCGUUGGAACAUCUUUCUUAUCUAGGAUUCAUAGCACCAAAGCUCCUGAAUAUUGAUGCUAUGAAGUAUUCAAGGCAAUCGUGUCGGAUGUGGGGAGUUUAUAUUCUAUUGGAUGUGUACGCGAAUGCACUCCGGAUUCGAGCGCUCAUGGUAAAGGAAAAGCAAAUCCUGGAACUCCAAGAUCUGACGGAUGAAGAGCGUUCGACUCAAGUUGCAAGCAUUCAAGCUCGACGCCGUGAACUAUAUUACGUACAAGUUCGCAACUUGUUCUACGCUGGACCUUGCAUUCACUGGUCCCUUCAGCAAGGCUUUCUUUCAGACCGCCUUGUGGGUUUUCUUUGCGCGGCAGAAGCUAUCGUUGGCCUCUGGCGUUCAUGGGUAAAUACCAAGAUUCUUUCAAAUGAUAUUCAACCUCCUUUAACAUUUAAAAAAGAUCAAUUGUUUCUGCACUGGAUACGACAUUGA